GGAAGUAGCCGGGGGAAGUCUAUUGAAGUGGCACAAGGGCUGAGGUGUUUCUGGUCCGGCGUUUCCACCGGGGCGAAAAGAAGUAGGAGGUAAAUUUAUCCCAGAUCUUUUCAUUGUAAGAAUAUUCACAACAGACUGUUUGUGACUAUAUCAGGUAACAAAAUGACUACAGGAGCAGAUGUCCGGGAUAUACUGGAACUGGGUGGAACAGAUUCUGAGAAUAUAGGAACCAUUAAUAAGAAAGACAUAAUCAAUUCUGAUAAGAAAAAAUCUAAGAAGUCAUCAGAAACCCUAACAUUUAAGAGACCAGAAGGAAUGCACCGGGAGGUGUAUGCAUUGCUGUAUUCUGAUAAAAAAGAUGCACCUCCUCUUCUGCCAAGCGACACGACGCAGGGCUACCGCACCGUCAAGGCAAAAUUGGGCUCCAAGAAAGUGCGGCCUUGGAAGUGGAUGCCCUUCACAAACCCUGCGCGAAAGGAUGGAGCAAUGUUCUACCACUGGCGGAGGGCAGCAGAAGAGGGCAAAGAUUACCCUUUUGCCAGAUUCAACAAAACUGUACAAAUCCCGGUCUACUCGGAGCAGGAAUAUCAGAUGUAUCUUCAUGAUGAUGCUUGGACCAAAGCUGAAACAGACCAUCUUUUUGACUUAGCCAGAAGGUUUGAUCUCCGCUUUGUGGUCAUUCAUGACCGUUAUGAUCACCAGCAGUUCAAAAAGCGGUCAGUUGAAGACCUGAAGGAGCGCUACUAUCACAUCUGUGCCAAACUGGCCAAUAUUCGUGCUGCUCCAGGCACAGACCUGAAAAUCCCUGUCUUUGAUGCUGGUCAUGAAAGACGACGGAAGGAACAGUUAGAGAGGCUAUACAACCGUACGCCAGAACAGGUGGCAGAAGAGGAAUAUCUAAUCCAGGAGCUGAGGAAAAUUGAAGCCAGGAAGAAAGAGAGGGAGAAGCGAACACAAGACUUGCAGAAACUCAUUACGGCUGCGGACACAACCACUGAACAAAGACGUGCAGAACGCAAGGCACCCAAGAAAAAGCUGCCACAGAAGAAAGAAACUGAGAAACCUGCUGUCCCCGAAACUGCUGGCAUCAAGUUUCCGGACUUCAAGUCUGCAGGUGUCACGUUGCGGAGUCAGAGGAUGAAACUGCCGAGCUCCGUGGGACAGAAGAAGAUUAAAGCCUUGGAGCAGAUGCUGAUGGAACUCGGAGUAGACUUGAACCCAAUGCCAACAGAGGAAAUUGUGCAGAUGUUCAACGAAUUACGCAGUGAUCUAGUGCUACUCUAUGAGCUUAAGCAAGCCUUUGCAAACUGUGAAUAUGAGCUGCAGAUGCUACGCCAUCGCUAUGAGGCCCUGGCCAAGGCAGGCAGCAGUGGACCCAGUGCAGAUGGUGGCUUGCAUGCUGAUGGACAGUCAGGCUUGAGCACCGAAGAGGUCAAGGGUGAUGGCAAGGAACAGAUUAUUGACGUGGUGGGGGCACCCCUCACACCUAAUUCGAGAAAGCGCAGAGAAUCUGCUUCGAGUUCUUCAUCUGUCAAAAAGGUGAAGAAGCCAUGAGCAAUGAGGGAUCACAGCUCCUUAGACGUUGAAGAAUCGAAGCACUGACUGUAGGUUCAAGAGGGCACCAGUUACCCAUUACAGUGGCAAUGAGGACUGUUUAAAUGCUCUUGUCCUCUUCUGCCGGAGGUAAAAAGGACUGGAUGAGCUUGCAUAACAGAUUCGUAUUUGUUGAUGCUGUGGUUAUUGUAUUGUUUUUUAUAUCACUGAUUGUAAAUUUCUUUGUAAAUAUAGAAAACCUGUUACCUCUU